CAAUGGCGACUGCGACGGUGUGCCGUGCUGUGCGCUUGCUACAGAGGGCUGUAAUAUAGGCAAUGACUGAACAUACGAGAAGGAAACUAAAGGCGAGAAUAACAUCAACAACAGGAGCACAGCCAAGGCAGUGUCUCUCUUUCUCGCGAGUCAACGGAAAAGUGGAUCGCUUGCUGUAUGUGUGCUGUGAGCGAUGUCUGGCUAUGCUGCGCGUCCAUCUUUGUAUCUUUAUCCCACUCUCGCAAUGAGUCGAUUUUCGAAAGAACGAAAGAGAACUCAACCCUGUAGCGUUCUCUCUUGCUCCCUAUGCCGCUGUGGGUAGAAAGAGCGGUACAUAUAUGUGUGUGUGUGUGCGCGGUGGAUGCUCUGCAUGAAAGCAAAAGGAAAUUACAAGCCAGACGAAGAAGACGUACGUGCGCUUUCGAUGGCCGCAUACUGUUUUCUCGCCCAAAACGAGAUGAUGAAAUUGGCGAAACAGUUUUGUUUCAGGCAGCUUCGCAAGAAAAAGUAGUGUAAAAGUGCUCCUCAGUUCGUUAAGGUAGGGCAGUGCGUGAAUGUUUUCAACCGAUUUCCAUCUCAUCGAUUUUCAAGAAGAUGAAUAUGAAAGUGUGUGAAAAAUGAGCUAAGAAGAUAAAACAGUGUUGUGUUCGCUCGCCGUACAGCUAAUAACAGUAUUCAAUGGUGUUGUUGUGGCCCGUGUAAACUGAACCAAAACUUCCGUGCGGCAAUCCAGUGGUUGUUGGUGGGGUAGUGUGCGUGCGGUGCCUACCCGGUUGUUGUUGUUGAGGUGAUAAGGAAGAUUUCGGUAUCAUCACAACCAUACACACAGAUACAACAUGGGUAAAAGGAAUGCAGCGGCCGCCAUCGUUGACGCUGACCGGUUGCAGCAGUUCGAGACGCCACCAAAGCGCAUGAAACAUCAGCAUGGUCCGGCAGAUACAACGCCGGCGGUUGAUGCCGAGCCGUCCUCGCCCAACAUCAGUGCGAGUGAGUUCACGCUCAGCAAAGAGUUUGUGGACGGUACGUUGCUGAUGGAUCUGACGCUAAAACAGUGGCGUAUCGGUAAACCUAUUGGGAAAGGAAGCUUCGGUGAAAUAUUUCUUGCAUCGGAUGACAUCAACACACCCGUGACGAGCGAGAAUGCAAAGUAUGUGGUGAAAAUUGAGCCCCACUCUAAUGGGCCACUGUUCGUCGAGAUACACUGUUUGCUCAACACCGCCAAACGAACGGAAACCAGCAUCAUACCACCGGGCAUGCCCGAAUACAUUGCAUCCGGCUCGCAUUUGUUCGAAAACGUACGCUAUCGCUUUCUCAUUCUCAAGCGCUACCAGCGAGAUCUGCACUCGCUAAUUAAGAACAAACGGGUCAACCCGAAAAGCAUUCCUGUGAUCGCCUGCCAAAUACUGGACGUGCUGCAACACCUGCACGACCAGGGCUAUGUGCAUUCGGACAUAAAGGCAGAAAACUUGAUGAUCGGAACGGUGGAGGGACCAGCAGGCCCGGCCAGUACAACCAGCCGUCUGUCCAAUGACCAGAACGGAACGGACGAUCAUCACCACCAUCGUACGAAUGGUGUCGUUACACUGCCAGAAGGAAAGUUGACUAAACGUGGCAAGAAAGCUUCAGCUGAGCUGAUGGUUAACGGAAGUGGCGGUGCAAAUUUGCAGGAAAAUGGGCUCUACUAUCACCAGGAGCAGGAAAUGUGUACCCGUACGCGCAAUCUGCGUCCACUGAAAACGGUCACCUAUCGUGAUCUAAGCGAUGAAGAUGAACGUACCGGUAGCAUCGAUAGCGGGACGGUCACUUCUGCUACAGCCCGAUCGAGGGCCAAUCUGCCAAAAAAACGUGGUCGAAGGCGGAAAGACGAUGCAUCGUUCAGUUGUUCCAUUUCACCGCGGCGUUCAGGAUACGAGGAGCUGAAAGCAGCCACCGAAGAAGCACAUUGGCAGGAACUGAAGCGUGCUUCACUACCAAAGGCACCGAUGGAAGAGCCAACGCCGGCCGAGGAACGGAUACACUUGAUCGAUUUUGGCCUGGCGUCGAAAUUUGUCGAUUCAACCGACCGGCACAGACCGUUCUGUAUGGAUCAGCGUCGAGCGCACGAUGGUACGAUGGAGUUUACCUCGCGGGACGCACACAUGGGAGCGCAUGCCCGGCGCAGCGAUCUGGAGUGUCUGGGGUACAACCUCGUGUACUGGAGCCGUGGCUUUUUGCCCUGGAAGGAUGAAAAGUUGCUGAACCAGCCGGAGCAGGUGCAUCGGAUGAAGGAAUACUUUAUGACAGAUGUGCGGGAGAUGUUGCGCCUGAUCUACGGCGAGGACUGUCCUGCGUAUCUCGGCGAGUUCCUGGCGUACGUUGGAAAGCUGACGUACGACGAGCGACCCGACUAUCAGUACUGUAAGUCGUUGUUUUACAAGGAACUGAAGCGAUUGAGCUGUCCGGUGAGCCGAAGCCAACCGCUGCGAUUGGACGUGAAUGCGAUCGUACAGCUGAGUGAACCGUUGACAGCACAGGACGAGGCAGAAAUAACGAACAAAAUCAACCAUGUCAAGUCGCUCAUGAAGCUGGGCGCACUCAUCCCGUACCGCGAGAGCACGCUGCACAGCAAAGCGUCUUCGCCGAAAAAUCUUCGUUCAAAGCGUAGCGAUGUGAAUGGUAGGAAUUCGCACGCACCAGCAACAACCACCGUCACCUCCUCCGCCACGGCGACCGACGGGACCGUGGCCGCAUCGGUACCGAGCGCCGCUACAACGGUAUGCACGCGCAAGAAAGAGAAACCGUUUUCGUGCGAAGACAUCUUUGCGACCGACGCAGAUCAGAUUGCACGCGAUCGGGCAGAGAAGGAGUUUUUGCGGGCAGAGAAGAUGGAGGAAACCGUUAUUCGCUACUCGGGGAAGCCUACGUACGCGAUACAGGAGCUUCUGGAACGGAAGUCGCGCGGGCACAGCCUGGGCGGUGGUUUAGAGUAUACGGAAAGCGAGGGCUACAUCAAGGGUUACACUAAACCGAUGAUGGAUAUACUGCGCAAACGGCAAUCGCAACUGUUCCGCCAGAUAGAGGAAAUGAACGCACCGUCGGACAAGGGCGGUGAAGUGAGCAAGGCGAAAGGGCUGCAGCAGACUGGCGGUAGCAGGAAGGAGCAGACGUCGAGUGACGGUGAAAAUGCUCCCAUGGAGCAGGAUAGUGAAGCGGCAGUAGAAGAGGACGAGGAACAGGAGGAAGACGAGGAAGAGGAAGCUGAGGAAGAGGAAGAGGAGGAGGAGGAGGAGGAGGAGGAAGAGGAAGUGGAAACAGAAACGGCCCACCCGCAGUGUGAUGAUUUGGAGGAAAACGAUGAUGAAAUUAGUGUGAAACAAUCGAAAUAUGAGCGGGACGCAGACUUUGAACCCGCGUCCGACGAUGAAGAUGAGGAGGAGCUUGCGGGCGAUGAUGAAAAAGACGUGGCUAGUGAAGAGGAGGAAGAAGAGGAAGAUUACGAAGAGGAUGUUGAAGAAGAAGAGGAGGAAGAAGAGGAAGAGGAGGAGGAAGAAGAAGCCACACAGAACGGUUAUGGGUCGCGGGAAUCAGCGGCGUACCGGCGGCGCCGUAAGAAGGAGAGCAAAGGCCGCAGCAAAAAGGAAGAUACGGACAGUGACUUCAUCAACGAUGGUGGCUGUGAGGCGGAAGAGGCUGAAUCCGACCGCAGCUACCUUCCGGACGAGGGCGUGGCCGAGCAGGAUAGUGAUUUUAACGAUCAAGAUAGUACGGCCACCGGGAGCGAUGUGGUCAUCGCACCGAAGCGGAGAAGACGCGGCGAUAAAUCACGGACGCGCAACAGCAGCAGCACUGGUGCAAACAAGUCUCACCGAGAGCGGGGAGUGACGAAAAGGCGGCGACGUAGCGGUAAAAAAGGCAGCGAAAAGUCAGCGAAAGGUGCCCAUGACGAGAACGAGGACGAAGCGAGCGACGAGGAUCAUCAUCGGCGUGCCACGACAAAGCACCAGCAGCAGCGGCGGUCAGGGCAUCGCAAAAAAUCGCGCCAUCAAUCGGUGCUGGAUGACGGUGAUGGGGAUAACGCGCGGGCAGAACCGGACGAUGGUCGGGACACGGUGCGGAAACAGCUGCAGAACCAUCACCACUACAAUAACAACAAUCACUGCAACAGUAAGGCGUACUACGGUGAUGUGGACGAUUCCUCGCAUGAUAUGGCACCGCCACCACCGACCGACGCGCUGUCCGACCGGAAUGCGUCCAUGUAUCGGUACGUGAAGCGGCGCAAGUCGGGGCUGCGGGAACGCAUCCGACCAACGGACCGAGGCACGGACUACGCGGACAAUUUGCAGCGAAAGCGCAAAGCGGCACUGGUGAACAAGCGGCGCCGUGAGACGGCCGCCGCCCUACACGGACAGUUAGAUCCGACGGUCCCCCUGGCCGCGGAGGAUGAUUAUUCGUGCAGCAGUACCGGGAGCUGUAGUAGCGGCAGCAGCAGCAGCAGCAGCAGCAGCAGCAGCAGUAGAAGUACUAUUCAUUCCGCUUCCUCGUUGUGCACCAGCAGCAGAAGCCGAGCACUGUCACACUCUUCCUCGGCCGCGUCACUCGAUUCGGGUUCGGUUGUAGUGUCUUCGAAGGCGCGCCGUGGAAAGAAGCGGAAGCAGGAUGCGGUGGUGCCGUCGCGCGACAGUAGCGGCACCCGGCAGACCUCUGCUCAUCAGCGUCGUACCACCACCGCCACAGCAAGGAAACGUACCACCACUGCCGACACCGAUAUGGCGGGGGGGCACUCGAAUAGCCGCUGGAGUCCUCCGAACUCAACCGCCACGUCGCGCUCCUCGUCCGUCUCCGCGUCCGGGCAUCAUGGCACCGGAAGCGGCACGCAGGAGUAUGGCAUGCAUCUGCCGAAACGGUUAGCAACCUUACCGGAGCAUCACCACCAUCACCAGCAGGAUGAUCAUGAUUUUAUCGACGAAGACGACGGGGAUGAUACGCGCGAUGUAGACUAUUCACCGAUCAGCACGCGAAGGAAACGUAAAGCGGCGGAAGCUGCCAACGGUGUUAGUGCCAUGUCCCGGAAGGCUAACGCGUCGACCGCCGUUCGCAAGCGGAACGAUUCGAAAGGUACAGGUGUGAUUGGUAAAGGUACAGGUUCUAAGGCACCACCACCACCACCACCAUCAGCUGGUGCUGUAGUGAGCGGCGGCGAAAUAAGUCUUCCCCGAGCGGACGGAUCUUCUUCGUCGCUUGCACGAAGAUUGGAGCUCUUGCAACCACCACCACCGGCACCGGUCGCUGCUGCCAUACAACACCAACAGCAACGGAUCCGUCGCCCGCAGCAUCACAUGGCUUACCAGAACUACUACCGGGUGAACGAUCAGCAUCAUCUUCCCUCCACGAUGCUGGUACGAACGUAUAGCCGGGGGUAGUAAGGGCGGCAUUACUACCAUUUAGAAUGUGUGUAGGAACACCACCGUGCAAGCUAAUGGAAUAUGUGUGUACUUCUGUUUCGCGCAAUGUAACGAUAGUUGCAUUAACUUUUAACGUAAUGUGUACAGCUGUAAAUAGUUAGCAAUAAUUAACCUUCUGUCCUAUUAUCGGUAGAACGCUUCUAACAUAAAUUUAUCCGACGCAUUAACCGAGCUAGUAAUGGUGUAAGAAGGUAGCUGCAUACAAAAUGCAGCGGUUUACGACAGAAAAGUUGUGCCGGCGUGUGUGCUCCGCCGCCGUCGCCGUACCUUUAGAGCGUUGUUCCUCUCCGUCGCUAUUUAGGAAUCUGCCAGUUUGAACCCACAAUAGGGGAAUUGUUUUACCUUCGUGUUUGUUUUUGUAGCCUUCCAUUCCUGGCUGAAAGGAAGGAUUUUCUUUAAUUCAUCCAGGGUCAUGGAUUCAGAACCAAUCCAGAUUGCGAUGCUUUGUUUUGUUGAGUUCCGAUCGAGAAAAAAAGCCAUGCCUUACGUGUGUGUAUGCGGUUGAUGACCACAUUUUAUUGUGUUGUUCUGGUUGAAAUGGAUGUUGUUUUGAAUAUCCUUCGCGAAUGCGCAAUUCUUAAGAGGACGGUACACCUUGAGAGAGUGAAGAAAAAAAAAACAUUAAUGAGGAAAUAUUCACUAAAAACGUAAACGCCGUACGCCGCGGCUAGAACCAGUGAUCGAUCAAAUAAUGUCUUGUAUGUGCAGUUAAACAUUCAAUUGAUGUUGUUAGUUAGUUGCGAGUGUGUGUGUGUGUGUGAUUGAUGAACGGAACGCAACACUGCAAACGAUCGUUUGGUGUUCAAUCUCUCCUAAACUGUUCCCAAUGUUCCAUAAUAGAUACACACACACACGCACACUCAAAAUAGAGUGUAAAACGCCAAAAUCGAUUAAUAAUCCUAGCAUCGGUUGGCGGCCGCUCAGUAGUGCGUGCAGCAGUAGUAGUGCAUAAUAUAAUAUAAAGUUUAUCGUUAAUUACAAUAUCGUUACACUCGAACAAGAAAAGGCUGAACACUAUUACCGGUGGGUGGGGGUGGCACAGUGUUUGCAUUGGCCAUCUAGAAAAAAAAAAUACCGUAUGCAAUUGUCGUACACGCGCAGGAGAUAAAACCAGAGAUCAAUAGAUAAAAAUAAUCAAUCAACUCUCAAACCAGCGACGGAUACGCGAAAAGAAACAUUCAGAAAGUAUUCACCCAUUUGCGAUAAAAUGUUUUCCCCUAGUAUGAACUCAAAUAUUCUUGCGCGUAAUAGGCGCGUGUAUGGGUUUUGGAGUGGAAUAGUUGCGAGCAACAGUGGCUAAUAAUAAUGAUAGUGUUCUUUCUCACAGAACGCUAUUCAGGUGUGAAAAUAUAAUAAUUAUUAUGUAUGCAUAGUAUGAUAAAAGUAGCAAGGAAAAGAAAAAAAGCAAAAAAGCAACUUUAAAUAAACACGCAGCAAAUUUGGCGGUAAACAAUACUAUACUUUAUCGAUACAGCAAACAAAAACCACUUCUAUUUCGUAGCACCCUAGCAUAUUGCGCGAAUGUUUUACGAUAUGGGUAAAUAAAAAUUACACUGGAAAU